AUGCGAAAAAGACGGGGAUUGCUCAUAUUAAUCACAUUUAUUCUAACUAUUUCCUUAACACCAAUUGGAUUUCUAUAUUUCAAGCUCUACGAGCAUCAAAAUCAGGUGAUUUAUGCUGAAAAUUGCAAUUUUCAUCUGAAAUUCUGAUUUUAAAGGAAAAUGAAAACUUCCCGCCAGCUGUGAAAUAUCGAAAAAAUUCGGAAAAUCUCAAGGAUUCAGAAGAAUGCGGUGAUUUUUCGAAAAUUGAGGAAUUUUCGGAUUUUUGGCCAAAAUGUUUGGAACGAUUUAGAGAAGUUAAGGAAACUUGGAAGUGAGUUUUAGGUCGAUUUUUGGGUGAAAAAAAAAGAGAAAUUUUGAUUUUACCCUGAUUUUCCACUGCAAAAUCAAAACUUUCAACCAAAAUAUCAAUUUUUCCAAUCUGAGCAAUGCUAAGAACAGUUUUCUCUAGCUGUCUGAUGCCUCUUAUAAAUCUGCAGUCUCUAACUAGACGGUUUUCAAGCAAAAGCCCCAAAAAAACGAAAACUUCGCCAGUUCUCCGAGAGAAGUACACACGCGCUGCGAGACCCAACACAAAACACCACCCCAUGUUCCUUGAAUUUAUUUUUUCAUUUUCAGAUCGAAUUCUUGUCUCUCAACGAAAAUCAAUAAUUCCACGUGUUCUAUCAGAAAAUACUUAUCGGAAGUCGAAAAUGCUUGUCCCCCAAAUCCCAAAGAUCCACAAGACAUUGCUCAUAUUAACACAAAUCUAGAGGUUCUUCUCAACAAAUUUGGCAAUGAUAAAAGCUACGAUUUUAUGAAGGUAAUUAAAUUAACUAAGGUAAUUAAGAAUUAAUUUUUGAUUUCUUAAAGAGUCGAGUAAUAAAUCUAUGGCCAGAAUGGGUGAAUUCGACGAAAAAUCGGAUUUUCAACGAGGAAAAGCAUAGAAAAAGGAGAAAAUUGAGGAUUUUCGUGUUUUUCGGGUUUUUGGCAAACGAAAAGACUGUGAAAAUGGCUGAUGGAAGUGGAAAAGGUGGACCAUUGGGUGAAAUGGUCCAAUGGGCCGAUUUGCUGGCAGCUAUGGUGAUUUUGGGACAUGACGUGUUUUUGGCGAAUGAUAAGAGGAGUUUGAUGAGGUAAAUAUGAGGAAUUCACUGAUUUUUGAUGGAAAAUAUAUUUUUCUAGUAGAUUUUGACCUGCUGAUCAUGAUCCCUUUGUCAAAAACUGCAAAUCUCAACUCCUAAUAUGAGUUAUGACGUGGCGAAAUUGAAAUUUUUCGAAAAAAUCGUUACUUUAGGAGCCUUGCAACCAACAAACUCCUAAAAUCCCAAAUUUUUCAAUUUCGCCACGUCAUAACUCAUAUUAGGAGUUGAAAUUUGCAUUUUUUGACAAAGGGAUCAUGAUCAGCGGGUCAAAAUCUACUAUUUCGAAAUUGAAAAAUGUGUCCGCACGCGCUCCACCGAAAUAAACACGCAACGCAGACCGCGUCGCGUCACAACACACAAAUAAGGGAACGAUUCAAAUUCCCUCCCUUUUUUGUGUGUGUUGUGGCGCGGCGCGGUCUGCGUUGCGUGCUUAUUUCGGUGGAGCGCGUGCUACCGAUGAGAAAACAACUGGACUUCGUCAGUCGCGUGCGGCUAUGCGGCGCGGUUGUUUUCCGACCGCGCCGCACAGCCGCACGCGACUGAAAAUCCCCCCAAAUUUCCAGCCAAAUCUCCUCACUGGGCUUACACCAUGCCUGCUCCACCUCCCCACCCGCCACCCUUCUCAAAACCCAUCUAAUCUUCACCGACAUAAUGGGCCGCAACAAAAUGUCCGCCAAAUUCCGCCAGGACAACGCGUGCCGCUUCCGCAUUCUCGACUCAUUCGGAACGCAUGCGGAAUUUGCCGUGCGUCGCGAUUUCAACGCGAAUUACGGCAAGUAUCAGGGGCCGAGGAUUAAGAAGAGGAAUCCGUGGGGCGGCCUGGAUUUGGACCUCGGACAACAUUGGACCUAUUAUCCACACACUCAUGAUAACACUUUUCUUGGAUUUGUGGUGUCGAGGGGGGCCUCCAGGAGGCCCCCCAAGGACUCCCUUCAGGCCCCUAGAAGGGGCCCAAAGGCCCUGGUCUAUGGAAAAGCCCAGAUGAUGUGGAAAGGGGCCGAAGGCCCGAUUAGUAUCCUCCAGCAAUAUUUCGAAGUUCACGCAACUGUCGCAGAUCUCGAAGACGCUCCAAUCUUCAAAAACAUCAGAAAUCACGGCCUUUUAGGCGCGCAGGGCAUUCAGAAGCUCUACGAGCAAGUUGAUGUGUUUUUCGGGCUCGGUUUUCCGUUGGAAGGUCCCGCGCCGCUAGAGGCAAUCGCGAAUGGCGCGAUUUUUGUGAACCCGCGAUUCGCCGACGCGAAAAAUCGCAAAAAUUGGGAAUUUUUGGGUGAUAAACCGACGUUGCGCAGGUUUUCGAGUCAAAAUCCGUAUGCGGAGCAGUUUAUUGGGGAGCCCCAUGUGAUUACGGUGGAUAUUUAUAAUGAGACGGAGCUCAGAGUGGGCCUGGAGAAGGCUUUGGGCCUGGGCCUGGGCCUGGGCUCUAGACAAGAAGGUUUUGUACCCUACGAAUUCACGGCGCAAGGAUUCUUGGAAAGAUUGGCGAUUCUACUGGAGAAUCAGGAUUUUUGUGUGGGACAAGUUGGAAGGCGGAAAUUUCCGCCGGCGGAAAGCUUGCGGAUUGCGCGCGCGGAAAGUGGGCAAAAUUGCGAGGAGGCUUGCCGCAUGAAUGGAUGGUUUUGUGAGAGAUCAAUGUUUGGGCUGGUGAAUCGAGAGGAGGUUUUGAGAAAGUGA